GUAUUCGAAACCCCACAUUUGAUUGCCUCCAUUUUCGAACGUUUUCUGCCAUUGACAUUGGAUGACUCUGUAUUGCUUUCGAAUUCUGAUAGUCUCAAAUCAGCUUAUGGUGUCCCGCUGCCGCGAAUGCUCAAAUUGAUGCGAGUUUUUGCUCAAAAGAAUAACUCUCUUCGGCUCUCUCUGGUGAACAAGUGGAAACUUGCAGACAGAUGUCUAACCUACCUGCGUCAUCGAUUCACUUUGUUGUCGUCGUCGGAGAAUAACAUUGUAACUUUGUUGAUGUUGGAAAGUCUUCGGUGUUUGUCGGUUUGCUUGGAAGAACCGGAAACUCCACAGAGGGCCCUGGAAUUGACGAAGUCUGCUUUGAGCGAUUUAAUUGCAGUGGCUUCGGAGUCAAUUUCGUUAACUAAUGGAAAGGAUCUUUCUCUGAAAAUUGCGUGGUUGUCUUUCUUUGCUCGAACACUGUUGCCAAAGUUCCUGGUAAAUUUCUCCUAUGACCAGUUGGAAGUUGUUCGAUCCUGGGCAAUCACCAUAUUCGAGGCCUGUAGUUUGGAGGCAUACCAUGUAGAGAAUGACGGAAAACUAGUUAAUUCUCUGUCGUCCUCACCCUUGAUGAUUAAUGUUGCUGCCCAACUCCUCAAAGCCUUGAAAAUGGAAGAACACAUUGCACAGCUUAGAGAGAAGAUUUUCACUGGACCAACGUGGACAAAGGUGCUGAAUCACUUCAUCGGACAUCAAUCCGUCCUUACUGGCUUUCCUAAUAGAAUGUCCCAGACCUCAGUCCUCUCCGCUGAAUUUGCAGCUGCCUACACUGCAGAUGAUGCUGAUCCGAUGCGCAAUUACAACUUUCCAAAGGACGUCAUAUUUGAGUCUUCGGAGGAUGGAGAUCCACUCUCAGUUCUCAAUGUCUCUAACUCUCUUCCUUGUCUCCCAGAUUUGGGCAUGUCUGUUUGUCUCUUCUAUCGUGGAGCUUGGGCUCCUAGCAAUGAAAAUUGUGAAGCCAAGGAAACAACACUUCCAGCAAUGUGGUGGCCACCACCAAGUCGUUCUGUCUACCCCAUUGAUGUUGUUGAACCACUUGAUCUUCUCCCUCGUCAGCAGUCGAAAUGGACUAACUUCCUUCCUUUAAUUGAGGCUGCGUUGACAAUAGGAGGCAUUGAUCUAACACCUUGGUGUGACCAAUUGAGGAGGUUGCGUGUUCCCCCUGUUGUCACUAAGUCCGGUUUCCCACAUGGACUGAUGGCUAUUGAGAGUUCGUUGAUGGGAAGAUAUCUUCUUCAUCUAUCGGCAAGUCAUUUCGCUCUUGUCUUGAUUAACCUUAAAUUGCCUCAAGUUCAUAAAGAGAUGAAGGGUGAUCUAUGGUGGGCAGCUUUCAAUCUCGUGUCUUGUCUUCAUUUUGGCCAAGAAGCUCUAUUCAUCGAACUCCUGCAAAGAAUCAUAUUUCCAGUCUACGAUCUAACACCGAUUGAGACGGGAGGCUUUUCAGAAACCAUUUCAAAUUCAAAAGCUCCUUGGCCACCAGUUCACGAGUCGUUCUCUCAAGGUCUUGCUUUUUAUGCCCACAAACUCUAUGGAGAGUAUUUCGCAGACUUACUCCAGAGACGCAGUGCUGAAAUGAAAGACAUAUACAAGCCUCUCAAGUCCCGACCCUCUUGUGAUCUUAUCCUACCCAAUGACUGGUUCUACAUGCCUAUUCUCGAAGCCUACUUCCAUCACGCUCGACCUCCUACAGAGAAAGAUCAGUCCCAAGUUUAUUUCACAAUCGAUCCGGAGACUUAUCUGCUAAACGCUACUGCCAUUUUGGGUUGGAUUCGAGGAUUGCUAUCUCAACAGCCUCUAUUGGUGUCCAAAAAUGCCUUUCCCCGUGGGGUGACUGCCUCUGGUCAUUUCUCGCGAAUACUCUGCGCUAUUUUGGCUUGUCAGAGUGCUGGAGCACUGUGUUUCAAUUUGUCUGGCGCUAUUAUAGCCGAGCUAGUCACUACUUUACUGCCUAGGAUCAGUUUUGAGGAGUUGGAUGCUAGCCCAGAAGAACACCUUCCACUUGAUUUGAUCUCAUUUUAUGAUUUGUAUACUGAGUUGUUAGAGCACUACACUGCUAUCUCGUAUUCCUCACCAAUAUUCGCCAAUAUAAUUCUUCUAUUUCUCCGACCUGCUGCUCUACCAGUUUCAAAUUAUCGAAAGGCUCUUUGGGGCGAACACCAAGCAACGCUGCGUUCCAUUCAGUUAUCUCCUUCUGAGGUUUUUCUUCCGGAGGACAUCUAUAAGGGACUCUUUGAACCUCUCGAAACUACCCAGGAGGUUCUUAGAGCCUACGCUUGUGCGAUCUGCGCCGGGACCAUCAGUUUGAACAGACAACCGUUGAUAACACUGAUCGUCCUGCAUCACCUUAACCGGAACAUAUACUUGACAAAGACUGAUCAUAUUCAUGAGGAGUUCGUGAAACUACUGGGGACAUCUCUCAGAUUUUUGGCUUCGAGACGAGGAACUCAGGAAGUAACAGAGUGGUUACGACUUUACAUGUUUCCAUCCGGGCGAACUGAGAAAGUACCCCUAUCCGAACUCGUACAGGCGAAUCGAAUUUCGGUUGUUGCUUGUGGAAACUUCAGGGUGGAAGAUCUUAUUGAAGUGUAUAAGGAAGACAGUCUGCCCUCUUCUCGACGAAAGAAAUGGAAGGAAUUCAUGGGAAAUUAA